AGCCGUCAGUCACCCUUGUAUUGUCAGAAUUCUCUGGGCUGGUUGGUUCCCCUUCUGUCAAUAGGAGGAACAGGGCGCUGAUUGGCCAAGAUCAGGGUGUGGGCGGUGCCCGGGUGGUUUAACGGGGGCGGCGGGAUGGGCUUGGGCCGGUCCUGGGGUCGCGGAGGCGGCGGCCGGGCGGAGAGCGGCCGGGCGUCCCCCCGCGUCCAUCCCUCGCCAUGGAGCUGGGCGCCCGCUUCCUCUCCUACAAGGGCUGCCUCUACGGGCUGUGGAGCUGCGUCCCGGUGCGCAGCCACAACCGGCAGCAUGGCACCGCUGUCCGACAGGACGUCAGGUUCAUACAGGUGAAGUUUGGAGGUGCCCAGAUCCAAAAAUAUAGCGAGAAGAGAAAAAAUAAUCAUCCCAGCUUGUGCCCAGCCUGUUUUGUGCUGCAGUACAAGGUGGGCAUAGACCAGCUCGUGAUCAGUGAGGUGAACAACCACCAUGCCCACACAUGCACAGGGUGUUCCACUAGACAGCACCGUGACAAAGCCGCAUUGGAAGCGGCAGAUCAGGGACACCGAAAGUGGUGCCAUGGCGAGCAAGGACUCACACAUGGUCAUGGGACACCGGUGGAUGGUGUGCCCUGCUCCAAGCACGGCUCCCACACUCCCUGAGCACCAGAGGAGAGCGCCUCAGCCUCAGUGCUCAUCAGGGUGGUCAAGGUGAUGAAAACUUCCUUCGGCCACACCGAGGGGCGCUGCCGGCGUCCCCGGCCCGGUGCGAUGCACAGCGGCCGCUGCGGGCGGCGCCCGAGCGCUCCGGUGCCGCCGCGGCGGGCGGUGCCGAGUGCCGUGUGUCGGUGCACAUCGGCCGUGGCAGGCGGCGGCGGAGCGCGGCAGGGACCGGGACGCGCCGCGAUGUCCCCGCCGGUAGCGGCAGCCCGGAGCGGGCCCGCACUGCCGGCCCAAGCCGCGCUGGUCCGCGCCUUCCCGGUGGCCGCGGUGCAGCUCUCCGCGUUCCCCGUCUGCCAGUGGCUGCAGCAGCUAUGCCUGGAGCUCCACACCGAGUGCCUGGCCGUGACCGCCGCCAGGAAGGCCACGGGUGCAGGCACUGAGAGCCACCGGCAGGAGCUGCUCGCCGUCCUGAGAGACCUCAUCACUCCGGACUUGCUGCCUCAGCUCCACCUUCACUGGCUGCUCGAGGAUGGGAUUUGGGCCACGCACAGGGAGGGGAGCUGCGGGGAGAGCAGUGACUGCUUCAUGGAGCUGGAGGUUGUCAUCCAGGGGUUUAGCCAGAUUUUUAGUGCUGGGCUCUCUCUGGAUAGCUGCAUCACUACCGUGGCCCAGCACUAUAAAGAGUCCCGCAAGCUCUCAGUCCCUGUUAGAUCCUGUCUCGUGGUGAAACUGGAGGCCACAGAAACCUCAGAGAAUGAUAGCGAGGAUGAGAUUACCCAGAGGACUGAAGAAGGCAUCAGGCAAUCUUUGAGUGACAUUUGCACGGAGGCUGCUGCCAGGCUGUGCCUGACUGAGCUGGCAGUGGUUCAAAAGUCCAUGCAGCUGAUUGGCACUGGGUACAGUGUACAGAUCCUGGAGGAUGCCUGCCCUGUGGGCAUCUUCCAGGAAGGCCCAAGCAGCUACACUUGCUACUUCAGCCAGACCUUCCAGCUGCCCUGCUGGCACAUCUUGGCUGUACUGCUUAAUUCAAACAGGAAGCCCUUGCAGAGGGAGAUGCUCAGCAGAGCAUGGGAGAGGGGAUGUGAUCAUCAGGCUGGAUGAGACAGUGCUCGUGCCCUCUUGGAAGUCCCAAAGAGGUCCUGGAGCAAGUCUUUGGAUAUAUCCCUGGUGGUGUCCUUCCUCAUGGCAGAAAUCAGCCAGCUGCCUGCCACAGUAGUGAGGAGUUUGAGCACAGGACUCUGUGGGAGCUGGCUGACAGCUGGAUCUGGCCCUACAUUGAGUUGAAGCUCUAGCACUGAGUGGGAGCUGAGCUAGGUGCUUCCACUGUGUCCUGUGUUGCACCUUCAUUCCCCUCAGCCUGUCGUUCCCUUGGUGUGCAAGAGGCAGUUUGGGUCCUUGAUCUGCUGAGCAAGCGUCACCUCUUGCACAGGGCAGCAGAGGAACUGGAUUGGGAGCUCCUGAUCCCACAGGAAGGGUAACAGUCACUGACCUGGCUAACAGCUGUGGCCAGGAGCCAGCGCUGGGUGGUGCGAUGUGGGAGGUCCUGGUAUCAUAGAAUCUGCUGAGUUGGAAGGGACCCAUCAGGAUCGGGUCCAACUCCCAGUCCUGUGCAGGACACCACAAAAAUCCCACCAUGUGCCUGAGAGCAUUGUCCAGACAUUUCCUGAACUCAGACAGGUUUGGUGCCAUGACCACUGCCCAGGGGAGCCUGUUCUAGUGCUCAAACACCCUUUAGGUGAAAAACUUUCUGAUAUCUGACCUCAAUCUCCCCUGACUCAGCUUUAUACCAUUUCCUCAGGUCGUGUCACUGGUCAUGACAGUGAAGAGAUCAGUACCUGCCCCUCUGCUUCCUCUCAUGAGGAUGCUGAAGAUGCCAAUGAGGUCUUCCCUGAGUUUCCUCUUCUCCAGGAUGAACAAACCAAGUUACUUCAAGUGUGUCUCAUAAGCUUCCCCUUACUCCCACCACCAUCCUCACGGGCUCCUUUGAACGCUCUCUAAUAGCUCAAUGUCUUUUUUAUAUUGUUGUGCCACAACUUCCCCCAGGACUCAAGAUGAGGCUGCACAAGUGCAGGGCAGAGCAGGACAAUCCCUUCCCUUGUUGUCGAUGCUGUGCCUGAUGCAUCCCAGAACAGGGUUGGCUCUCCCAGCUGCCAAGGGCACUGUUGACUCAUACUCAACUUGCCACUGACCAGAACGCCCAGGUCCCUUUCCACAGUGCUGGUCUCCAGUUUCUUGUUCCCCUGUCUAUAUAUACAACCUGGGUUGCCCUGUACCAGGUGCAGAAUCUGUCACUUGCUCUUGUUAAACUUCACACAGUUGGUGAUUGCCCAUCUCUCCAAUUUGUCAAGGUCUCAAGGUCCUCAGCAGGGCCUCUCUGCCGUUGAUGGAGUUGACAGUUCCUCCCAAAUUAGUGCUGUCAGCACUAAAUAUUAGUAUAUUACUUAGUAUCCCUUAAAGUCCUGUGUCCAAGUCAUUAAUGAAGAUGUUGAAGAGAAUUGGGCCAAGGAUGAAGCCCUAUGGAACCCCACUGGUGACUGGACACCAGCCUGAUGUCACCCCAUUCACUAUAACUCUUUGUGCCCAAGCUGUGAGCCAGUUGCUCACCCAUUGUGCAACAGGGUUAUUCAGCUCCAAGCUGGACACUUUGUCUAAAAGAAUACUGGGACAGACAGUAUCAAAAGCUUUGCUGAAGUCCAAAAACAUUACAUCUACUGGCUUUCCUUGGUCAACUAGAUGUUGUAGAAGGAAAUCACUUUUGACAAGUAGGACUUUCCCCUCAUGAAGCCAUGGUGGCUGUGACUGGUGACUGUGUUCUCCUCCAGGUGUUUCUCAAUACAUCCCAAAAUGAUCUUUUCCAUUAUUUUACUGGGCACUGAAGUGAGACUAUAGCUUCCAGGGUUCUCCUUCUUGCCCUUCUUUGAAAUCAGGACAACAUUUCCUAGCUUCCAGUCAUGGGGGACCUCUCCAGAUUCCCAAGACCGCUCAAAAAUCAUCGAGAGCCUAUGUGAUGACAUCAGUCAGCUCUUUGAAGUUUCUCGAAUGAAUCCCAUAAGGGCCCAAAGAUUUGUAGACAUCUAGGUAUAAUAGCAUGUGACAAAACUAUUUCAUCUGUGGCCAGCAUCUGCGGAUCCUUGCAGCAUCCAUUUGUGAGGUGUUGUGCAACAAAGCCAAUAAAUCACCCUUGUGUUGUUUGGGAGCUGAGUCUGUCCCUGUGCCAGCUGCAGCCACCCCUCCCUGCCCAGGCGACAGGGCAUGGGGAGUCAGGCAGGGCUUUGGGCAGUGCUCCUUGGUCGUGUCUCCUUGGUCCGUGGUGCCCCAGGUGGCAGGAGGUGGCAGCUCCUGAGGGUGGCAAUCCCACUGUGCUGCAGCCCGCUGUAGAGCAGGGGUGUUGUUUAUCUGGUUGCAGCAGCUGCUCUCAAUUCCUCAAGGAAGAGGAACCCGCCCUCGUGUGCGGGGGUCACUGCCGGGCAGAUAACACUGCAGGGAGGUGGGGAGCAAAGGCUUCACGCAAGGGUGGGGGAGGGAAAGCAGGCUGGAGUGUAAACUCCCUGGUCCAUGGGCGCUGCUCUGGAGUGGGUGAGUUCCCCAGUCCCAUCACAGCCAGAUGAGCUCCAGCCCCAGCAGCUCCCAGCUUGUUGUUGGGAAUGUCAGAGAAGCAGGGAAUGUCAGAGACUUUGAUCCAUUGCUGUGGUUUGGUCACUGUCCAUGUUUUCCCCAUUUAGCAAUUCCUUCAUUAACACUUUGGUGUUGAUGGAGUUGGCUGUGGCUGCGGGCUGGGGAUUUCCUUUGAGCAAGAGUUUUGUAACAUGAUCUGAUACUAUCGAGCCUCUGACUAAAUAUAGCAUCCUGUUUCUUUAAAACA